AGCCAGGGCGCCAAUUCCUGAUAUACACCGGCGGCAAUUUUCUCUUUUCCUUUUAGUUAUUAAAUUGUGUGUUCUUUUUUAGUUCUGUCAUUUUAUCUACCUUGUUUCGAGAAGCAUAUCAAUUAAUUUCAAGCAUUACCUAUCAAUGAAUUUUCUGUAGAAAUUAUGACGGUCAGACUCACUUUCACAGUUGCCCUUGCUCUGUGCACGCUAGGGCCUUCUCUUGUUCAGGGAAGAAGUCUAGUUGGACAUGGCCAGAUCACUGUCACUCUCGAGGACCCCGCCCGGUCUUCAAACAGCACUGUCAUCCACAACGAAACCAUCACUGAGCCGGAGUACACUAAACCCGCUAGUGAGAUGGAGAGUACUGAGGCCAGCACUGAGUCUAGUGCUGGGAUAACCCCAGAAGCUCAGAGCAAAGCUGGUAGCGACGGGCUUAGCACGGAAGCAAGCACCGAUUCCAGCGUCCACAUCAGCAUAGAGGCUAAGAGUCAGGCUGCGGGCUCUGACACUAACUUUCAUGAUAGCUUUGAUGAUAGUGCAGAAGCAGGCACCAAACCCAGCGACGAAGGCAGCCACGAGACAACUGAUAGUCAAGCUGAGAGCGACGAGAGUAGCUUCAAGACCGACACGGAAACUAGCAACAAUCCUAGCGAAGAGGCCAACAUAGCGGCUGGGAGUGAGGUUGAGAUUGCUGAAACUAGCACCAGUGCUUCCUUCAAGCACAGUACAGAGGCUGAGGCAGAGGAUGAGAGUGCUGAGGCUGAAACCAGCAUCGAAACUGAGCGUGAGGAUAAGGGAGCCGCGACUGGCACAGAAUCCAGCAUCCAGGUUAGCACAGAAGUGGUGAGUGAGACAGAGACCACCGAGGCUAGCACAGAUGCUAGUUUUGAGGUCAGCACAGAGGCUGAGUAUGCAGAUGAGAUUUCCGAAGCUGGGAGCAAGGAUAGUUUGGAGCUAAGCACAGAGAGCACCCAGGCCAGCACGGAGAGUAGCAGUCAGCUUAGCAUUGAAAGUAGCACCGAGGUUAUCACAGAAACUAGCAGCCAUGUGAGCGCAGAGGCCGAGAAUGAAGCUGAAAGCGCUGAGACUAUCGCCAAGCUCAGUAUUGGAGCCAACACCGAAGUCAGCAGUAGCACAGAGGCCGAGAGUGAGGCUGAGAGUGCUGAGUCUGUCACUGAGCUCAGCACAGAAGCUAGCAACGAAGUCAGCAGUAAUACAGGGACUGCUGUUGAGGCUGAGAGCGCUGAGGCCGAGGUUAGUACCAAGUCUAGCAAUGAAGCCACUACAGAGGGCGAGGUUACCAUAGAGGAUAUUGGGCAUGAUCUUGAGACUGAAAAUGAGUUUGAGAACAUUACGCUGAGUGUUGAAGACGACGCUGAGACUGGAAGUGAGGAUGGUCACGUCGAGUUCAGUACCACAGCCAGCUCUGAUGUUAGCACCAAGGCCGAGGGUGAGGAUGAGAACGACGACGUUAGCACCAAUGGUAGCACGGAGCCUGGCACAGAAGCCGACCACAGCGGUACCGAGAAUGUAGAACAUGAAGACAGUGAAGCGGAAAAUACUGAAGAUGAGGAUGCCGCAGGUGCAGUUCACCUAGACGAGUUUACUUCAACUGAGGAUAACUUAACGACAUCUGCUGAAGAGGUGACCGAUAGUCCCCAUCCAGAGAACUGCCAGGAGCCCGGGUUUGUCGAGUGCCCCGCCUGCCUGCAGCCGGGAAACCCCAGGCAUAAUUACACCUGUGACGCCUCUGCCCGUAACUGGUACUUCAGCUACAAGGAUCAGAAGUGUGUAAAAUUUAUUUACAGUGGCUGUGGUGGUAACUUCAACAGGUUUGACAGCAAGAAAGAGUGUUUGAGGUUUUGCAGUAAAUACAUCGAUGAAGAUAAUGAAAGCGAUCUAGCUAAAGACUACUUUGACAUAUUUGACAAGAUCCCGGAUGGACCAGUUGCCUUCAAACCGGAGGGCAGAGUGAACUAUAGAGGGUUGCUAUAAAUGGCACGCACCCUUAGAGGUUGUCUCUGUCUUAUUUAACUUCUUGUUAUUGAGCGAAUUAUUUCUUUGAGCGGUUCUCCUGACUGCAAAGCUCGGUCUAGUGUGAUAACAGUCCGAUAAAUUGUUUAUGUUUGACGAGUGCGCACGGAUCACAGCCAUGUGUUAUCGAAACAAUGCAGUUUAAUUUUUUGUUUCUAUAAGAUAACUUUUGUUGUGUCUCUUUUGAUGGAUUUCAGACUUGUUUGCUAGGAGAUGCUGCAAUAAAGAUAACAGAUUGACACUUGACAAA